GGACGCAUCCAAUCCCACGAUUGUCGUCGCCCCUAAAUCAACAUCAUCAUUAUACUGUCUUUACGGGCUAUUCAUGCCCGUGCCACAUCUUGGGUGGCAUAAUACUCAUCAAUCAGUUAUACUUGGGACUCCUGGUUCAACCUUGACAACAGGUGGAUGACUGGAUACCUACUUCACCUAGGGGGUCGCAGGCGCACCUUCGCUAAGUUAGCACCUAACUGUCAAGUGACACCACCCAGAAAGACUGUGCGUGCUGUCAUCACCUGCAGAACUUCAUGUAUCAUAAAGCCAUGAAACUCUUCAUGAUGACUGUUGCAUGCUUCUGCAUUUUAGAAAACUUCGCAAAUAAUGAUGGUGCUUCACCACAACAGUUGAAAGGAAAAACACACACUAACAACUGGGCAGUUUUGGUAGAUACUUCUCGCUUCUGGUUCAAUUAUCGUCAUGUUGCUAAUGUGCUCUCUAUGUAUCGUUCUGUCAAGAGGCUUGGGAUUCCUGAUAGUCAGAUCAUCUUGAUGGUGGCUGAUGAUAUGGCAUGUAACCCACGCAACCCACGUCCUGCUACCGUCUUCAACAAUGCUCAUCAGCACAUUAAUGUAUAUGGAGAAGAUGUUGAAGUUGAUUAUAGGGGCUAUGAGGUAACUGUGGAAAACUUUGUGAGGCUGCUAACUGGUAGACUAACUCCAAGCACACCAAGAUCAAAGAGAUUGUUAACUGAUGAUGGGUCUAAUAUCUUGAUAUAUAUGACAGGCCAUGGAGGAGAUGGCUUCCUUAAGUUUCAAGAUUCAGAGGAAAUUACUAAUGUAGAGCUUGCUGAUGCAUUUGAACAAAUGUGGCAGAAGAAGAGGUACAAUGAAAUUCUCUUCAUCAUUGACACGUGCCAAGCAGCGUCCAUGUAUGAACACUUCUAUUCUCCCAACAUUCUGGCCAUUGCUUCCAGCUUAGUUGGAGAAGAUUCACUCUCUCAUCAUGUGGAUCCUGCAAUUGGAGUUUACAUCAUUGAUCGCUUUACCUACUACGCUCUGGAGUUUCUGGAGAGGGUCACUCCCAAUAGUGACAGGACCCUAGCACAAUUUCUUCAGGUGUGCCCAAAACGUGUUUGCAUAUCUACUGUGGGUGUCAGACAAGAUCUCUACAAACGAGACCCUAAUGAAGUUUUGGUCACAGAGUUCUUUGGCUCUGUCAGAAAUGUUGAACUAACAGACUACAUUCUUGACCUUCCCAAGUGUGGUGGACGUAGUAAAGUUGGAUUAAAAAACCUGAGUAAUGGGACCAAUGAUGUGGAGAAGACUUCAAGUGCUAAACAAUUUGUGUAUGCUGACCAGCUGCCCAUUCAUAAAGUAUCAUGAGAAUGUAUUAAUGGCAUAAAUAAUGUGCAUCAUCUUCUUCACUUUAAUCAAGCUUUAGAGAGUCAUGUUGGAAUGUGAUCUGUAGGAAACUUUUUUGUUUUUUUUAUCUAGCCAAUAUUUUGUAGAUACAAGAGAGAACAUGGAUAUGGGUUGGACAAUUCCUAAUUAAUUUUUGUUAUGGAAUCGGUCAUUUUAUGAAAAUUCGUUUGAAUUACACUGUUGUAUAGCUACAUAUUUAUGGUAAUUUCCUGUGACAUACAACUAAUGUUGGAGGUAGAUAUUUUUAAAUAAAUGACUUAAUCAAAUACAAAAAUACUGGUGUCCAUUUGGACACCAGUAAUACAAAAGAUUAGCCAGUCUGAGUAAGGCUAAAUAAUAAUUAACUAUUUAUAUAAUUACACAUUGUAUAAAGAGAAUAAGUCUACAAUUAUACCACAGUACUUCUUAAAUUAUUAAAUACACUUUAUAAUAGAUUAAAUUUAUAAAAAAAAAAAAUCAUGCCAAAAACUAUACAUGGAAUAAAAUAUUUAUCAUUACUUCCAAAACUAAGAAAUAUUUAUCUACAUUAUAAUCAUGUCAGGUUGCCAAUACUCAAGUGAAGUCGUAUGGAACGUUUAGGGAGUUGAAUGACAGGUAAUUUCUUACUGUAUUAUAUCCUACUUAAAGCUCAACCUCAUAUUCCAUACAAGUCAUUUAGGAACAGUAUAUAUAUAUAUAUAUAUAUGGCUGGAAAAGGAGGGGAGUAUAGUAUUUAAUUAUAAAUAGCAAGGUGAAAUGAAAGAGCUGUCCAAUCGUUCUCAGGACUAUACAGUAUUGUACCUGUAUAUGUUUUGUCACAAAAUGUUAACCAUCUGAAAUUUAGGUAAGUGUACCAGCACUUUAAAGUACUGUAUCACAAAAGUAUUAUGCGAGUAAUGUCUAGCAUAUUUAUAAUGUCGAGACUUGUGAGAGGAUGGCAGACUGACAAGAAAAGGAAGAAUAACUACAAAGUUGUCAAUAGAAAAAUGGUGUUAGGUAGCUCCGAACCAAGUAAUGACUCACUCGGGACCCAUUGUUUUUCAGUAGCUGUUGCUGUUGAAAACAUCCUUGCUCUUCUCUUGUUGAUAAUCCCAAUUUUCAACAUUUGUGUGUGCAGGUAUUCAGCUCUUCAUCUCCUACCUUUUUCUCUGGGGAAGGGGGAUCUAUACCUUGGAAUAUUCAGUGUGCCCCAUUUGAUUAUUUGUGAUUAUAUCUAACUUCAUUCAAUUUGCAUAGUACUAGAUGUGAGAAUACCUUCACUGCAUUGCUGAUGGAGCCAUUCUCCAAGAUUGUCUAAAACAUUGCACUUGGGGUCACUUUUGGAUAUACUGCAUUGUACACUUACUCUACAGUAUACAUCGUCUGCUCAAAUUUUAAUUCAUGUUUCUGUGCCUUGAUAUCUUGCCAUUGUCAGGCUUGCCCGAUGCUCGGUGACAAACUUGACUUAGUCACACCACAGUCUUUACGUCUUCAACUAGCACCAACACCUUUAUUAGUAGAUUGUCAUGUUUUAGGUGCACAUAUAUUCCAACUUCUACCAGUCGCAGAUCUCCUCACCAAGUCUAGAUCAUGACUUCUUUAUCAUUGUAAAAUUAAUAUUGACACCAGUUGUACAAUAUGCAAAGUUUACUCAGAUUCUGAUGUAAUAAUACUGUAGCACAUAUAGUAACAGAAUUACUGAAAAAAAAUUGCAAAACUAAAGUCGUUGGAAACAGUAACUGAAAGCAAAUUAGAAGUACAGUACAUCAUACAAGUAUUUGCUGGUGCAUUUACUUUUUUUGGUACCUACAGAGGUUGCAAUUAAUAGAUUAUACUGUAGUACCAAAAUGGGCCCAGGUCACAAAUUAUUCCAUCUUAUGGUGAAUUCCAAAAUGUAAUUUUACGUAUAACUCCAAUUUUUACAAUUUUAAAAAUCCAAUGACACAAGUUGUUUAGCUGCCAUAUGAAUAUCAAAUAAUCACACAAAUAUACUACAUGAAUGCAUAUUCUGUAUUAUAUUUUAUGGUUCUUAUCAUAAUUUGCAAAUUGUUAAAAGUUAAGCAGCAAUAAAUUGUGUUGGUUAUCAAAAAAUAAAACUCAAUUAUGAA